UUCAGUUACAUUUUACAUUUAAGAGUACGACCACACACACACACACACACACUGAGGAAUCAGUGAGUUUGUUUUAAAAGAUGAACGCGUGGACAAUGGAGAGGAGGAUGUAUACCUUGACUCUGCUGUCUCUGGUGCUGUCAGGUGUCGGUGCCCUCACCGUGAACAUCCCCAAGAAGUUAUACGAGUUUGCCAGGGGUGACAACAUCACACUGCCCUGCACCUUUAAACUCAAAAAUCCCCCCACGGAAAGGACCCUUUACAUCAUCUCAUGGUCGGGCGAGGUUGAGGGCAUCGACAUUGAGCCCCUGAUCCUCACUUAUUAUUCUCAUCUUGGAACUACUGAUGUCAGAAAGCAUAGUGAAGGCCGUGCUUCACUGGAUUUAGAUCUUGCCAAGGGAAAGGCCGACUUGAAACUUACCUCCAUCACAAAAAGGGACAAUAAGGAGUUUGAGUGUCGCGUCCAGGUUCCAGGCGACGAUGAGGGCAAGCCGUCCGACACCACGCGCCUGGUGGUGCUCGUGGCUCCAUCUACACCCAUCUGUGAGAUCCAGGGAAAGACAGAAUACGGCAAGAACAUCAACCUGACCUGUGUGUCUGAGGAAGGCAUGCCGACACCCAUUUACUCGUGGAAAAGUCAAGAUGUCAGGAACAUGCCUCGCGUGGCCGACCCAAGAACCACCGACAAGGGAGGCGUCCUGUCUCUCUACAACAUCUCCAAAGAUGCAUCGGGAUACUACACCUGCACCUCGUCAAACAAGAUCCGCUCGGCUACCUGCAACAUCACCCUCUCAGUCUUGCCACCUUCCAUGAACAUUGGCUCGACUGCAGGAAUCAUCGGUGGAGUCGUCGCCGCGUUGGUCGUACUCAUUAUCGUCAUCUAUUGCUGCUGCUGCCGGAAGAAGAAGAAGGAGGAGGAGGAGAAGAUCACCAUGGGAGCUCGUGAGGACGAGUACAGCGACAAACAGCCGAUUAGAAAUGGAGAGAGUCGCCUCGCUGAUGGACAAGAGGACGACCGGGCUCGUGAGGACUCCAGUUUGAGGCGUCCCGCUGAAAGCGCUGAAGUCCACACGGGACGUAGUGAGCGUGACGACGACGACGACCGCCGCAGCGACUAUGAUGACCGCCGCAGCGACUAUGACGACCGUCGCAGCGACUACACCGAUCGCAGAAGCGACUACGACGACCGGCGCAGCGACGCCGACGACCGCCGCGAGAAGUACAGUGACCGCAAUGAGCGCUACGACGACCGCCACGACGACCCCAGGGACCGUCGCAAUGAUGACGACCGCUAUGACGAGCCCUAUGAUGAUCGUGAGGACGGCAGACCACCUGUGCCAGUCAAUAAGCCACUAGCGAAGGACUUCCGCGUCUAAAGCCGCCAACAUGUAACGACCUCCAUCUUCUGUUUCAUCUUCAUUGACUUUACCCCAAUGGCAGCCAGUUACCUCCCACUCAAGGCGUGCCCUUUUUUUUGUUGGGACAUAAUUGGCUCAAACACCACAACUAUGCUGUAAUCAAGAGAUGGCAUACUUUAUUUUUUUCUAGGUAAAUUUUAUGAGUCAUGCAUUCGAGGAUUAGUUGAGGAAGAGCAGGGAACCCAGAAUGGUGGCCACAAAGCCCAUCUGAUCCGUUUUAUACAGGGAGUAGUCGUGGUGGGUGGGGUCACCAGGCACAGACUCGGGUAAAGGCCCGGGUCGACACAAUGCAAGAUCUGUAUCUUUGUACCAAACUUGCGUUAUGCAAAAAUUUCAAAGAACCCCAGAGAAAUAUCUAGCUUUGAAAUACAAAAAUUAGGUGGUAUCUUAGCUUUCAAAUGUUAAAUAUGAAUGUAUGGCUUGGUUUAUGUGUUUAAUGGCUUCUGGUGGUGGGUUAUUGUUUUUACUCAAAACAUUUCUUUUUAAGGGAGUUACCGUCACAUUAAAGGAAAGGGCUCCCGUUUUGUAUCAUCAUUUGCCCUUCAUGGGAUUCAUUCUGUCGAAUCGAGUUUCUGUCCUUGUAUAGAAACAGACAUUGAGACCGAUGUGGAUGUCCUCUUCUAUUUCAUGCUUUCAGUUCUCUUUUUCAAUGAUAUAGAAACUAACUAGAAAGUCCUCUGUUUGUGUGGCUGUAUAGUGUCACCACUUCUCUCUCUCCUUUUUAAAACAUUGCAAAAGUAAAUAACAAUCUGUAUAUGUCUAAACUUUGAUCAUAUAUAUGGUAUAUAACCACCUUUAACCAUGUCACUGUCAAAUAUGUUUUUAUUAUGUUAAAUUUGAGAAUUGUUUUUACUGGAAUUAAAUGAAAUUGCUAAUAUUUUUAUCUCGGCAACGGUAAUGUUACCAGUUUCAAAUUGGGAUUUGUGUCAUGAAACAUGUUGCGAUUUAAUCCAUUCAUGAAAAUGCUUUAAAAAUAAAGCUACAAUAAAAUCAA